UGAGAGCUGGAGCCUGGACCUGGAGGAGCGGUGCGUUCUCCUUCUCCCUCCCCGGCCCCUAGCCGCCGCACCCCCACCCUCGCCCGCCUCUCGCCGUCGCCGGAACGGAAAAUCAUGGGCGCGGAGGCAGAGCACCGCAUGUCUCCCUCCCCCGCUCCCGCUCCCGCUCCCCCUACCCCUGUUGGGAGGACCGACGGCGACGCCCCUCCCAUGGUGCUGGGCCUGCAGCUGUCGGCGCUCAUCGACCACGUCGCGCGCGUCGACUGGUCCCUCCUCAACCGCAUCCCCGGCGACCGCGGCGGUUCACAGCAGGUCUGUAUUGAGGAGUUGAAUCAUAUUCUGGCUGAAGUGAAUGCUCAAAUCCUCCCUUGCCGUGAUGACCUUUCUUCAAUAAGGACUAUAGCCGGUGGUAGUGUCGCCAACACAAUUCGAGGUCUCUCAGCAGGUUUUGGGAUAUCAACUGGAAUAAUUGGAGCUUGUGGAGAUGACAGCCAGGGCGUUUUGUUUGUCAGCAACAUGAGCUUUAGUGGAGUAGACCUCACAAGAUUAAGGACAAAAAAGGGGCACACUGCUCAGUGUGCAUGCUUGGUCGAUGCAAGUGGCAAUCGCACCAUGCGCCCUUGCCUAUCUAGUGCAGUCAAGCUCCAGGCCAACGAGUUCAAAAAGGAGGACUUCAAAGGCUCCAAGUGGUUGGUUGUACGAUAUGCAAGACAGAACAUGGAACAGAUCCUUGAAGCUAUUAGGAUUGCUAAACAAGAAGGUCUCUCAGUAUCAUUGGAUUUGGCUAGUUUUGAGAUGGUUCGUGACUAUAGGACACAACUCAUUGACCUUUUGGAAACUGGCAACAUUGACCUUUGCUUUGCCAAUGAGGAUGAAGCUAGAGAGCUUCUAGGGGGAGAGCUGACAUUUGAUCCAGAGGAGGCACUUGCUUUCUUGGCCAAGUACUGUAAAUGGGCCGUGGUGACCCUAGCUUCUAAGGGAUGCAUAGCGAAGCAUGGGAAGCAGGUGGUUCAAGUGGCGGCAACCGGGGAGAGUAAUGCGGUGGACGCGACGGGGGCGGGGGAUCUGUUUGCGAGCGGGUUCCUGUACGGGUUGGUGAAAGGGCUGGCAUUGGAGGAGUGCUGCAAGGUAGGGGCGUGCAGCGGUGGGUCAGUGGUGAGGGCUCUGGGCGGGGAGGUGAGGCCGGAGAACUGGCAGUGGAUGUACAAGCAGAUGAACGCCAGUGGCCUGCUGCUCCCUGACCUCAAGAACUGAAGAAAAAGAAAAAAGGGCUUGCCUUUUACUUGUCAAGCUUCCAAGAAAGAAACAAAGAUUCAGACCAUGGUCAUUGAUGGCUUGAUUGUUUGUUAGUUAGACCUCCUAUGCUCGGUUUCUUUCUUUGUUUCUUAAUUUGUGAGAUGAGAUGAAUGGAAUGGAUGGUGGUAACCUGCACUGCACUACAAGUCUCGCUGAUUAUUCAAUUUGCUCGAGAAAACUCAUAUAUAUAUAUAUAGUAUAAUAAAGUAACAUAAAAGUUUGGAUGUAUGAAAA